AUGGCGUCUUCCUUGUCGGAGGAGGAGUUUCAUCGAAUGCAGCUGCAGUUAAUAGAACUGAGGACUGCUAAUUAUGAAUAUGAAGGAAAAGUUAAAAAAUUAGAAAGAGAAUUGCAGACUGCUGCAGAAAAGAUAGAAUCAGUUGAUAGAGAACUGCAGAAAGCUAACAAGGCUAUAGCUAAAAGCAAGAAAGCGAAAGAUGUCGAGCUUCUUAUCCAGGAGACCAAUGCAUUGGAAAGAAAACUUCAGAGCCAGGAGGAGGACUUCCGACUCCAAAAUGAAACACUGAUGGCAGAGUUGUCUAUGCUUGUUGCUAAUAAUGAACAACUGGACAAAGAUCUUCAAUGUUUAAGGCAAGAAAACAAAGCUGGCGUCUCAGAGCCAAGGGAAGAUAACUCUAGAUUGGAAGAUGAAAUUAGGCGUCUUCAAGCACAAAAUUCUGUUUUACAAAAAAAUCUUGCAGCAUCCCAAGAGAAAUACGAGAAGGGACUCAACAAGACCGCAAGUGAUGUUACGUUUCCUGGUGAGAGAGAGGCUCCAACUGGGGGAGAAGAUGAAGGAGAUGCGAGAGAGGUCGAAGGCCAAGAUGAUGAUAAUGAUCAUCCACUUCCUUCCUGCUCACAAGACGAUGAAGUUCAAACAUCAGACACAAAAUUGGCAACAGACUAUAUGGAUGAAAUAAGCAACUUGAAACUUGCCUUAGAUACAGAACUGGAAGAGAAGAAGAUUUUGAAAGAACAACUUAGUUUGAAUGAUAAAAAGACCAAAGAACAAAUAAACAGUUUGCAAGAAGAAUUGGAGAAGGUAUCUGAAAAAUUAAAAAAGAAACAGGAAAGUUAUAUGACUCUACAAUCGGAAAAGGAAAGUCUUUUUGAGGAAAGCAACAAGAAGAUAGAAGAACUGCAGCAAGCUCGGGACCGAGAUCAGAAGUAUUACCAGGAUCAGAUCAGCAAGCUGCAAGCUGAGGUGGAGAGACUGAAAAAGGUUGAUGAAGAUGCUCAAAACACAUCAGAUCAACAUGUGAAGGAGUUAGGGAAGCAGGUAUCCACUCUUCAACAACAGAUUGAUGCAUCCAGCAUUGUUGGAAACCAGCAGCUACAGGAGAAGACGAAGCAGUUUGACAAGAAGCUGUCUGAGCUUCAGAACACGAUCAGCGGCCUGUCCCAUGAGAACGAUGACCUCAAGGUGCAGCUGCGCGAGAGUCAGAAGGCCAGCCAGGAGACCCUCGACCAGCUGCAGGCCGCGCAGAAAGAACGAGACACCCAGAUACAGGCCCUGCAGGAGAUCAGUAAGGUGGCUGAAAAAAGAAAAUCUUUGCUGGAUGAGCUUGCGAUAAAGUAUCAGAAAGACAGCGACAACCAUCACAAACACUGGACUGAGUUGGAAGAAAAACACCAGAAGCAGCUCACUUCACUUCAGAAGAAAAUUGAUGACCUGAAGUUUCAGAGUUCCGAGUUUGAUAAACACAAACACCAAUGUGAGGAGCUGCAGGUCAAGGUUAAGUCUUUGGAAGAUGCUAAAUCCUGGCUUGAAAGAAGAUUAAAGGAAGUUGAGGAUCAGCUGGAGGAAGCCAAGACGAAGCAUGAAAGUGUGGUAGAACGGAUGCUUUCUGAACACGAACUCUCUGUUGGUGAAAUGAAACAGCAGCAUCAAGCCGAGAUUGAGGAACUUAAACAGGAACAUGAUGACUAUGUCAUGAAACUGGAAGUUCAAGGAGAAUCUCAGAAGACUGAGCUGGAGAACCAGCAGAUGGUCAUCACUAGUUUACACCAGGAAGUAAAAGAUGGUCAUGGUGAAAAGAAAAUUGCAGAGAAGAAAGGAAUGUCAAUUGUGAAAGAUCUGAAGCGGCAGUUACACGCUGAAAGGAAACGAGCGGAGAAACUACAAGAACGACUGCAGGAAGUGCUCAUCGACAGCACAGAUAGACAGAGUGUUGAAGACUUGCUGCGACCAAUUGAUCAGAAUGAUCCCCUUCGAGGAGAUAACAGCUCCGUUUCAUCCUGGGGAGCAGGAGCCAGUGGGCUAAGUAAAGACUCUGUAGCCAGUGGUCCUCAAUCCCCAAACCACACGCUCAACUACAGCUUCUCUAGUGAUGUGGAACACGAAAAUAACGAGUUGUUAUCAAGAAUCACUGAAUUGCAGCAACAGAAGUGGAAGCUUGAAGAACAGGUGAAUCACUUGGAGACGAGCAACGGGUGUAUGGCCAACGAUCUGCUCAGCAAGACGGCCAUUAUCAGGCAUUAUGUGAUGGGGAGCAAGACAGAAUGUGGACCUUCCACUCCAAUUCAUGAAGACAAGAAUUCUCUGAACAAGAUUCUUGACAUCAUCAAGAAAGGAGACGAUCAGGAACUGAAGGAAAUGAACAAAAAGUUACAGAGAAUGUUGGAAGAGACACUCACGAAGAACAUGCAUUUACAGCAGGAUCUGGAGAUCAUGUCUCAAGAAUUGGUCAGACUGAGUAAGCUUAGCCAUGCAGAAUCUUUAAAACACAAGUAUGAUGAGGACGGUGUCGAUAUAACAGAGGCUGGAGAUCUCACAUCCUGAUUGGUUCCCUCCUGUCCAAUCAGAUAGCACAAUUUGUAUUUAUUAUUUUGUUAUGAUGUAUUAUUAUUAUCUGUUACUUGAUCAGUGACUUGAAUACUCAUUAGAUGUCCCCACAGAAAGAUUUCUGUCCACUCCUUUUACCUUUAUUGGCUGUUGUUAUAUACUGGCCAAACCAGGCGCCUGUACAGGAAGUUUAUCAGCCGGUUUUAACUGCGGCAAGAGAAGUUUAUAGGGGGGUCGAAUCAUCCUCCAGAAAAUAUAUUGAACAAAAGAUAAAAAUUUGCUUGAGCAGGGUCAGAUUUCGACUCCCAAACACACCCCUGUACAUGCGCAUGCAAACGUACACCUUAAAAAUGGAGAAUUCCUAUUGGGAAUUAGCACUCCUAGUUUUACCCAGAAUGCACUGCAGUUUUAGUUUUGGUAUUAGGAAGCAUGAUGUACAUGUAGGUUAGUGGUUAAUGAUCUCAUGAUGGCUCAUAGGAUCAAACUCAUUUACUGGACCCGUUAUUUGCCAUGGCAUCAUGGGUAGUAUGUCUUUUCUGUGGGAAAUUGCAUAUUAUAUAAGAGUUUCCUUAUUGCUAAAGAUCAUUAACCAUAGCAACUUAUGUGAUAUCGGUGAGUUUCUUGUCAAACAGCCUAGACUGAAGUGGAUAUUUGCUAUAGUUUUGAUACCCAGUAGGUGCUAAUUAAACAAGUGAUCAAGAUACUUAACCACCCAUUACUUUACUCUUAGACUUGCAUUUCUAUUUACCAAUCUAUAGUCUAAUCAGUUUUGCUUCAGUUUUUACAUCAGAAUUGCUGAAAGCUAAAGUGAAUUGUGGGGGCUGGUACCCACCUUGUUAAAUGGUGACCCUGCAUUGUAUGUGUGAUACAUGUAUAUACAGUGAAACCUCUCAAAACAGGACCCUCGGUAAACCGGAAUUCCCUCAAAACUGGACGUUUUUCGCAGCCCUUUUUUUAAAUAUCUGUACAGAAGAGAACCUCUCUAAAUCGGAUACCUCUUAAAAACAGACUUUUUUUACUUUGUCCUGAGGGUGUCCGGUUUAGGGGGGUUUCCCUGUAUCUGGUGAUAGUAUAGUGAGGUGGUACACUUUUUUAAUUGUUAUUUGCAUGUAUACAUAACUUCAAUUUCCUGUUAAACUUGCUAUAAGGGGCAUUGAGUAUACAACCAUCUGACUGUGUUUACAAUGGACAUUACUAUCACCCUACAAAUGUGAAUUUCAUUCUCAAAUUACAUACUCAUUAUAUUGUUGUUUUUUUGUUUUUUAUUUAACGACGCCACUAGAGCACAUUGAUUUUUUAUCUUAUCAUCGGCUAUUGGACGUCAAACAUAUGGU